AUGGCCGACUUCAAAAAAUCAAACGGAGUGGCCAUUCGAAACGGUGGCCCCAACAGGAGCAACGGCAACACCAACGGCAACACCACCGCCGCCGUCGCCGCCAAAAAGGCCAGCGCGCGUGUCAAGGAUCUGGUUGAUUUUGACGAAAAGAAGCACAUGGAUGAUAUCCGAAACGACAUCAAACAUGGCGUUGUGCAUGGCGCCCUCAAUGAGCUCGAGGAGAGAGUCAAUGAUCUAGGCGAGUCGUGGGAGACAGAGUCAUUGUUCGAGGACGCCCUCGACGACUUGGCUGAGGACAAAUUCUUCACAGAUAUGUUUGCUGACAAAAUCCCGACAGUCCCUGGCGCAUGCACGCCUGAUGAGGCUGUUCAUUUCCGUCACCUGCUGCGGGCAAUAGGACCCGAGGAGUUCUGCAGGCGGACCGUUGACUCGGGUACCAUCACGGCCAAGAAGUUGCUGACUGCCUUUGGCAUACGGCCGCCGGCCUUCCUCGAGGGCGAGGAUGACGACGCCUAUUUCAGCUUGUUGAGCCUGGCCAUGAGCCGCGAGCUCUCGAAACGGGCCAAGCUCUCCAAGUUCAACACGAUUGAAGACGCGGUCCACCUGCUCCAGACAUCCAAAAACAUCAUCGUCCUGACGGGCGCUGGCAUCUCGACUUCGCUGGGCAUUCCCGACUUCCGCUCCAAGGGUACCGGUCUCUACUCUAAACUCGAGCAUCUGGGCCUGAGCGACCCCCAAGAAGUCUUUGACAUUUCCGUCUUCCGUGACGACCCCACCAUCUUCUACUCGGUGGCCAAGGACAUUUUGCCGGACCAGGACAGGUAUUCGCCCACGCACGCAUUCAUCGCCAUGCUGCAGCAGAAGGGCAAGCUUCUGACCAACUAUUCGCAAAACAUCGAUAACCUCGAGGCCAAGGCGGGUAUCAAGCCUGACAAGCUCGUGCAGUGCCACGGCUCGUUCGCGACGGCCUCGUGCGUCAUGUGCGGCUACCAGGUCGACGGCGAGAGCAUCUUCCCCAUCAUCAAGGCGGGCAAGAUCCCGCGGUGUCCCAAGUGCGCCCCCAAGGAGCGCACGACGGCCAACAGCCGCAAGCGCAAGCUCGCCCGCGACGGCACGGAGAAGAAGGUCCGCAGGCGGCCGGGAGACUACGACAGCGCCUCGGACAGCGAGUACGACCUGCCCAGCAACGGCGGCGUCAUGAAGCCCGACAUCACCUUCUUCGGCGAGCCCCUGCCCGACGAGUUCUCGCGGCGGCUGACGGAGCACGACAAGGAGCUGGUCGACCUCGUCAUCGUCAUCGGCACCUCGCUCAAGGUGGCGCCCGUCUCCGAGGUCGUCCCCUACCUGCCGCCGCACAUCCCGCAGAUCUACAUCUCGCGCACGCCCGUCGGCCACGUCAACUUUGACAUCGACAUGCUGGGCGACUGCGACGUCGUCGUCUCGGAGCUGUGCCGGAGGGCCGGGUGGGACCUCAGGCACGAGAUGGUGCCGCCCAACCAGGAGGUCGACGUCGAGCUCCAGCAGGGGUACAAGAGCCGGUGGAUGUUUACCGAUGUCACGGCGAAGCCCGAGGCCGCGGUGGUGAAGAAGGAGGCGCCGUCGCAGAACUGA